AUGAAGGGAAGCGAGAUUCUUCGGGAGCUUCAAGCGACUUACGACGAACAUGCUCCAGGCAAGACGAUGGUCAACAAAUGGAUUUCGCGAUUUGAAAGUGGAAAUUUCAGCGUCCACGACGAUCCACGUGAGGGACGCCCCCGAAGCUCAACGGACGACCAAAAUGUGGCGGCAGUGAAGGCGGCGAUAGACAACGAUGGCAGAAUCACCCAAGAAAAGCUCGGGGCAAUGCUGAAAAUCGGCCAGGAAGCUGUCUCAAGGAUCCUGAAUCGCCUUGGUUACACCAAGAAGUCUGCAAGAUGGAAAAUUACCACUGGAGAUGAAGCCUGGUUCUACAAAAGUGAACCAGAGACCAAGAAACAGUCCAGGGUGUGGUCUGCGAAAGGGGCGGUGCCCCCCAUCAAAGCCAUCCGCCAGAAGACCGCCACCAAGACCAUGUUCGCCAUCUUCUUCAACUUCGACGGAAUCGUGGCGUCCGUUCCACUCGAAAAAGGACAAACGAUGACAUCUGCAGUGUACACGACGAAGUGCCUGCCCGAAGUUCUCAAAAACAUCCGCAGAGGUCGCCCCAAGAUUCCAGGGAAGAGAAACAAAGAUCCGCUGAGUGGGAUGAUGUCGGCGCCCCCAGGUGCAAUGGAUGAAGACGUCACUGGAGUCCGACAACAGAAGAUCAACAAACAGCGUCAAUUGCUGGAAGCGAAGCAGAAGCAGAAGAGAAGGAUCGACAAUCCACUUCAGGUGAAUGCGGAGUCGGAUGGGUUGCCGACGGUGCAAGUGUUGCCUGUCUUAGGACCGAGGAGCGAUGAAGUGAGCGAUGAAGAUCUCCAUGAUCCUCAUUCAUCCAACAACUACCUCCCUGGAGAGGAGAUGAAGCAACUGAAUCUGGGUCGGGCUUUCGGAUCAAUGGAACCGGAGGACGAAGACGAAGAGUCCACUCCAUUAGAGAGUGAACCUGGAAGGUUUGGAUAUAAUGAAGAAUCCAAGAUGUCCAAUCCGAGGAAUCCCCCUCCGUCUCAGCCACGAACUCUCGCAGAAUUCGUCAAUGGACAUCGGAAUAUCAGCAACGGCGCCAAUCACGAAUCCAAUCACGCCCCACCGGGUAUGAGUGCUGGAGGGAGCCGAGAGACGACGACGCGGUUCACGGGUGAUGCCAUACCGGAGAUGCCAUCGAAUCUGGAGGAAUUCAUCAUGUGCCCUGCGCCCGAGAAUGUGCUCAUCAAAUGUCGAAUCACCCGAGACAGGAAAGGCAUGGACAGAGGAAUCUAUCCCACUUAUUUUCUUCACUUAGAGAGAGACGACGGCAGGAAGGCGAGUAUGUUCCUGCUCGCGGGGAGGAAGAGGAAGAAGAGCACGACGAGCAAUUAUUUGAUCUCUAUCGACCCGACGGACUUAUCUCGAGGAGGGGAUGCAUACAUAGGGAAAUUGCGAUCGAAUCUUUUGGGGACUCAUUUCACCCUGUUUGACCAAGGGGAAUCGCCAAGCAAGCCUGGGAUCCCUUCUGAAAGGCUCCGACUCGAACUCAUCGCUGUGAUAUAUGAGACAAACGUGUUGGGGUUCAAGGGGCCUCGGAAGAUGACUGUGAUAAUGCCUGGCAUGACAGGGGAUAAGAAACAUGUCGCCAUCAGACCUAAUUCUGACAGGGAUGGCAUCAUCGACAUGUACAAGAUGCAGAACAUGGAACAAAUCAUUGUCCUGCACAACAAAAGCCCAGUGUGGAAUGAGGAAUCUCAGUCUUACGUCCUUAAUUUCCAUGGCAGAGUCACUCAAGCUUCAGUCAAGAAUUUUCAGAUCGUCCACGACAGUGACACUGAAUACGUAGUUAUGCAGUUUGGAAGGGUGUCAGAGGAUGUCUUCACUAUGGACUUCCGUUACCCCAUGUGUGCACUUCAGGCAUUUGCUGUUGCCCUCAGCAGCUUCGAUGGGAAGAUCGCCUGUGAAUGACACGCAGGGAAUCUCUCAUCACAUACUAUCCGUCCUCCCGACCUUUUUGUUCUAUAUCAUGAUCUGAGGAAAGAGUCUCACACAUCCAUAUCAUCUUAUGUACCAGGGCUUCAUGAGGAAACUCACAACCAACUGCGUCCCAGACUGCACAAGGACAUCAAGUAAAUGUUGAUGGUGUUCAGAAAGCAAGAUAAGUGUACUAGAUGUCAGUCAUUUCUUUCUGCCAGGAAGUGGGACAAAAACCUAUCACUGAGGUAAUACCAAGGAUGUAGGAUUCCAUAAUGUCAACUUGAAUUGAGAUCGCAAUGGGCGAAACUUGAGGCAGAGGAUUUUAAAAGUCCUGGGGUUUUACAAGUCUCCUCUAAGUACAUUCAACAUUUUAUAAUGUGGGUAUUGCCUACAUUAUGGUUUCCUUUUCUUAAUAAUGAAAAUAACACUCGGACUGUAAUAUUUUUGCAAUAAAAAAGGUAGACUGCAAUGUUUUAUGUUCCAACAGGAAAGAAUGAGAACUAUGGUAUUUUGUGAUAAAGAAACAAGUCACCUAACAUGAAGAUGUUACCUAGUUCAGGUGGCAAUUUUUACCAAGGCUUUUCAAACAGUUCUCUAAGCUGCAUAAUGCACUAUGAUGCAAUGUCAUCUAGUGGUCUAUUUAGUAGAUGUUUCAUUGAUGCGGUGUGCAGACUGGGUCAUCAUCACCACAAAUACUUCUUUCCUUUCUCUGACAAUCUAAAAAUUAAAAAGGCAACAUCCUCAGUGCGAUAAUUUUGAAUGCCAGGAACAUUGUAUGGCAUAUCAAACCCUGUGUAUGUGUGCGCAUGUGCAAGCAUGAAUUUCCUCCCUCUCAUAUGCACAGAAGUGUAUGAAAGUGUGUUAGUGACAGGAAAAAAGGACACACUCCCAUUUGUAGGCUAUGCACAAACCAACAAGCAACCAGCAAGAUGCACACUGGUCUACUUGUAUUUGAGUUCUUAAAUCUAGUCCAAGGGGGAAACAUUGAUGUGAUCUCAUGAUUGCUUUUCAUCCUGUUCCCCAUCACUGGCUUGUUUCAUGACAUGACCUUCACAUUCUCCCUGUGAUUAUCAAUGGAC